AUGAGAGACUACACGGCGACUCCAAGCCGCGGAGGCUCCUGCGUGUCGUGCUGCCAAGUUUGCAUCUUUGCCUUCACCGCAUUGCUGAUCGUUGCGGAGCGGACGGCCCUGGUUUACUGUUUUGUUUACUAUUUGUGGAUGGGCCACAACUACUGCUAUGCCCACUUGGCUGGUUUCACUGCACUGUUCCUGCUGCCAGGCUGGGGUCCUCAGUGGCUCAGCUAUCUGUGGUACCUGUCAGAUGGACGGAUCCGCAUGAAGUCACUCACCUGGACACAUAUACUGCACCUGGGUAUAUUCAAAAGAUUAUGGGAGUGUAUGCGUCUGCCAGAUGAGGAUGUUUAUGGUGAAAUCAUGCAGCAGGCUGAUGUGUCAGCCUUGCAUCUGCUUGAGGCCCUGGUGGUCACCCUGCCUGAAACACUCCUGCAGACAUACGUACUCAUCUGCACUGACAUAGGACUCAAGUCUCCAGCCUCAGUGUGUUUCGUGGUGUGUGUCCUAUCCCUGGCCUGGGCCCUGGUUCUCUAUGCCAGAGCUUGUUCUCUCAUCAGACCAGGCCACCUGCCCAUGACCCCUGCCGCCAUACUCUGUAGACUCCUCUGGAGGGUCGGUAUGUUGGGAUCACGUUUUGCUGUUCUCAUGCUUUUCACGCGAAUCUUCAAACAGUGGGUCCUGGGAGUCAUUGGCGUUCACUGGUUGGGCGCUACAUUUUGGAUGGUGUCCCAGCAGACGGAUAUCAUACGGUCUACAAAUCGAUGGAGACUCUUCAACCUUGUACUGGGAGCCAUUCACAUCUUCCUCUUCCUCAAUGUAAAGGAUGGGCAAUCUAGAUACCGCAUGGCUGGGUUCUACCUGGCCAUGUUUUUAGAGAAUGCAUUUCUUCUUUUGGCCUCCUCCUGGUUGUUUACCAUGGCAUCGUGGGAUACCGUGGGGAUUCCAGCCGCUGUGUUUUGCAGUUUCCUCAUAGGAGUCAUAGCACUGGUGCUAUACUACCGUUUCCUUCACCCUAAGUCCUUUGAGAUCUUCCAGAGUAUUCGUCACCGGGGGAUAGGAGGAGCUUGCACAGAGCAAGGAUCCACACUCACGUUGGAGGAGAAAGCCACACCCACCUUCCAUCGCAAUAUAACACUGUCUGGAGGGGGCACCCUUACAGACCUCCCUCACCAAUGGGAAGGCUGGAGGCACCAUCACUGGCUAUUGAUUCGCUUAGCGCUGAAGACGGGGGAUGUCACUAAAAUCUGCUCAGCUUAUGGUGAGGGCGGGUUGGCCGGACUGAUGGGUCUGGAUGAAGUGGUCAAUUCACCGGAUAUUCCUCAUGUCCCACAGGUCCCACAAAUUCAGCCACAGCUUCCUCAGGAUUCACAACCUGCUCCUCAGCCAGCACCACCACAGGUGACCCAGGCUCCACUUGUGAGAAAGGAGGCCCAGCCCAAAAAACCAGCACCCAGCACUGUAGUGGCCAGACCAGUGAGGCAGGCCCCCCCCACUAAUAUCUAUAAAAUGAACCCAUCUCCAGAGGUCAUUCCAGUCCAUGAGGUCAUACCCGAAGAGACUGGAGAAGAAGAAUCCAGUCCUCCAGCCUCAGAGGACAGAGGUGAUGAAGACUUCCAGAGUGCUGCUUACGGCUCGCCAACACCCUCAUCUCCUCAGUACCCUGGAAGCUUACGCCACAUCGACAGCAACGCCGGGACCCUGACGGAGGGCUCAUCCUCUGCAGGUUCCCUGGACAUCAAGACACCAGGCUGGUCACCUGAACGACGCUCUCCUCUCCUGAUCAGUUCCCCAGAGAGAAAUUCAGCCAACCCCGGAGAAUCCACCACCACGCUGUACUUCAGCGCUGAGGCACAGUCUCCUUCAACUGGAAGCUAUCUGGGCUGGGGCUCUGAGUUGUCGCCCAUUUCCAGCUACCGAAGUCCCUACCGGAUCAGGGAAGCUCGCUUUGUCACAUCCACCCCACGACUAGAGCCCAGAGUUGGGGGAGAGAGUCCUGGCCUGACCCCUGUUGUUGUCACCCCUGCUACCCCUGGUACUACACCAGGUGCUACACCUGGUAUUACACCAGGUGCUACACCUGCUACUACACCAGGCACAACCCCAGGUGGUACUCCUGGUGGUGCGACUCCAAUGGCUACUACUCCUGGUACCCCAAUCACCCCUCUCACUCCAGUCAUCUCCCAUGUUCGCAAACAGAUGGUCCAGUUUGUGGACUACAGAGAGAGAGCAGUGUAA